AUCAUCCAUCAACCCUAUAAAAGGACAAGACAACAAGGAAGCCCCCAGAAAGAGAAACAAUUAACUGUAUUAUAGAAGCCUUCAAAUGAGGUUCACAAAAUGGCUCUAAUGACGACCACAAGGACCAAGCUCUCUAGGCUCUUGAGCAGCUUCACCGCCACAAAACCACCUUUUUCGGGAUCUGGGUCUUGCUCCAAUGGCGGGUCUGCGCUCAAUUCACCAUCAAAUUUGAUGUCGUUUAAGUGUUCUUCUUCUUCCUCUGCUUUGGCCUCUGGUGAGUGCGAGGUCGUGGGUUCAAGACACCAUGUGGGAUUAGAGAUUUUGGGUGUGAAGGAUUAUGUGGAUUAUAGGAGGUCCUUGUAUGGUGAAAUCAGUCACAAGGCUUUGCUUGUUGAUGCUGUUGGCACACUUGUUGUUCCUUCUCAGCCCAUGGCUCAAAUAUAUAGACAGAUUGGGGAGAAGUAUGGGGUGGAGUACUCAGAGACUGAGAUUUUGAACCGUUACAGAAGAGCUUAUGAGCAGCCCUGGGGUAGAUCUCGGCUAAGAUAUGUUAAUGAUGGCAGGCCCUUCUGGCAAUAUAUUGUCAGCUCUUCUACUGGUUGUUCUGAUUCUCAAUACUUUGAAGAAUUAUAUAGCUACUACACCACUAACAAGGCUUGGCACUUCUGUGAUCCUGAGGCGGAGAAUGUUUUCAAAGCUAUAAGAAAAGCGGGUGUAAAGAUAGCUAUUGUGUCAAACUUUGAUACUAGAUUGAGACCUCUGCUGCGAGCUCUAGAUUGCGAUCAUUGGUUUGAUGCUGUCGCAGUCUCAGCUGAAGUUGAAGCAGAGAAGCCAAAUCCAACUAUAUUUCUAAAGGCUUGCGAGUUACUCAGGGUAAAACCUGAAGAGGCUGUGCAUGUGGGGGAUGACCGAAGAAACGACAUAUGGGGUGCUAGAGAUGCUGGUUGCGACGCUUGGCUUUGGGGAAGUGACGUUUACUCCUUUAAGGAGGUCGCUCAGAGGAUUGGGGUCCAGGUUUGAAGUACCAUAUUUCUUAAGAGCAACGACUUGAAAGGUUGCUCUCUUUGUACAGUUUUGUAUCUUAGCUUCAUAUGAAGAGGUUAUGUACAUUAUGCUUUGUUAGUCUGUAUGAGAGACAGAUCGAGGCAAAUGACUCUGAGGAAACCAGAAGAGUAAGAGUUUAGUAAUAAUAGUGAGACAUUUGUGUAUGCAUUUUUCUGUGCUGCGAAUGGUGGAUCUUAUGCGUUAUGCAUACCUGUUUUUACUUCUUGAUCUGAACUACAUUAUAAGGUCAUCUUUGCGAAUGACUCGGCCGGAUUACAAUAUAUGCACCU